AUGGUCUCCCAAUUAUUUGAAGAAAAAGCCAAAGCGGUUAACGAAUUGCCAUCUACUCCAAACAACGACGAGUUGUUGAAGUUGUACGCUUUGUACAAGCAAGCCACUGUUGGUGACAACAACAAGCCAAAGCCAGGUAUGUUCAAUCUGAAAGACCGCUACAAGUGGGACGCCUGGGAGUUGUUGAAGGGUACUUCCCAGGAAGAUGCCGAGCAACAAUACAUCGAAUUGGUCGAUUUGUUGAUCAAGAAGUACAGUGCUUAG